AUGGAUCCGAGAAUCGCCUGGUUUCAACCAGAACAGCGUGGACCAGCUAACAACCUGUGGAUGCAGAUUUGGGAGACGACACAGGGACUCGGGUACUUGCAUGUAAAUAACAGCUUCUCCUCCGGAUCUCAGGGCACGCCGAGCUUGAAAGCGACAGUCAACGGGGCGGUGGGAGCCGUCCUCACCAGCAGAAACGGGGCACUUGACUCCAACACCGGCAGCGGGGACGCCAGGACUCAGGGGAUGUCGACCUCGAUGGGGGACGGAGAGUUAGCGGAACAGGGGGACUUUAUACCACUGGAAACCAAUAGCAACCAUAACAACCGAGCCGCUGGUAGGGGCGGUGUCGUUGGAGGGGGGCAGCAGCAGCAGGGCAGCGGGGUCGCUGUGCUGUGGAGGGGGCUGACGGACGGACACCCCAACAAAAGGAAAAGAGACAACAAAGCUAGCACUUUCGGAUUCAAUUCCUGCCUCUUGAACAGCAGUAGCGGCUUCAACACAGGAGGAGGAUAUGAGGGUUACACGGGCACGCCAUGGAAAGUCAGGAACUACUCUGAAGGGAUUAUAGGGUAAGGAAGAGUUCAAUAAAGCUGAUCACUUUGGCACAAACUUUUACCUCCCACAGAGCAAGCCUCUUAACCAGGAGUUCUUAAACUCACUGUUUUUAACACAUACAUAUACACUCAGCAUAGAAACAUGCAGGAAGACUACCAAGGUUGUAAGUCUCACCCCACCCACCUUUUCAUCCACACCCACCCUAUCAUCCAACUUCAUACUGUUACGUGCUGUGCUGGAAUGCUGUUUAUUUGAGUAUCAAUUUAGUAAAUUAGCGUUUUAUUGGAAUAUUGUAUCCUCUGCAAUAAUUAAGAUGCCAUGGUUGUCAGUGUUUUUCUGCAUAGGUCAGACAGCUUUUCAGGUCAUUUCUUUUUAGUGAAAAAACUUUCCUUUUAGGUAAAGAGUAAUGCAUUUCCUGUUAAAUUGAAGGAUUUCUUGUUAAUUAGUAAUCCAGAAAAAGUUUAAGUGAAGAUUGCAUUGUCAGAUGAAAAAAGCUGGUUUUCUAAUGAGCCGUAAUUAUACAAGUAAAUGAGUCUUAUGCAAUAUUAACUCUACAAACAUAUGAUAAUCUUAUUCAAUGUGAUGCACUAAUGCAGAUUCAGCUUCUUAAAAAACACAUUGCACACUCAAACGAACUUCUGACCCAUGGUCUACUCCUUGCUGUAAAUACUCAAGGUUGAUUUGGAGCAUUACGCGAUUUAAGUUUUCCAAAAAAAGGAGACAUUGGGAGUCUCGAAAUCUCAAUUAAAGGGAUAUUCCUGUGUAAAAUUACGUUAUGGUCAUACACACCAUAACACUGACUUAGACACCCCCUCGAGAGCUGAAUGUUGCUGACUGCUUGAUUCUCUAGUUAUACCAACUUUAGUAACAACCGCACAAUAGCAAUACACAGUGGUCCACCUCUCCAUGCGCAAACCUCAACAAAAAAGCCACUCUGUAGCCACAAAUAAUGCUCAGAUCAGCACCUAACUUCAUUAACAGUACAUACAGGGUCCCAGUCAUAGUACUAGCCAUCAAGCAUCUUAUUAGCCUUGCCUUAUUUCUUUAGCAAAGAGACUAAACAUAACUCGCCUACUCUCCUCCAGCAGCCGCUUGUUUGUGGGGGAGCCCUGACGAGUCGAUCACCCUAACCCUAACCUGCCAAUAAAACUGCUCAAAUGCAUAGUUUGCUCUAGAUCUUUCUUCUUCAGAAGUUUUAUUUUGGCAGGGACUUUUUAUGCAAGAAUUUCCGUAUUGGAGCAUGCUUGUUGAAUAGUAUUCAUACUCAGACUUUUUUAAAGAGUCUAAAUACUGUUACCUUUCCUGGUAAUGGGUAACAUAACACAUCAGAGUGUUAUUAUCCAUCUGAUGAAUGAGACAAUCUUGUACCUUCAGAUAUUAUGGAAUUUAACUCAAAAUAAAAACUUGUAUGAAAGAACUCAAUUAUCACAAGGGGAAAUGCUGUAAAGUUAACAGAGUCUUUGUCAGGAACAAGCCAGCGACUACCUCUUCAAUAUUGCCACCGAACACAAGAGAUGCAUUUUGCAAACUGAAUGAAUGACUCAUUUUCAUAGCAGUGGGUCUCUGUCCUCUGGCACACGGUUCCCUGUUUAUGAUUGCCUGAUUCCCAUGUUGUUUUUCUAACUCCUCUAGUCUCCUGUUGAAAUGAUUAGAUGAUAAGAGUUCUGUUGACGACCAGAAGAACUUUUGGUCAACUAGUAAGCAACACAAAUGCCUUACAUCAACUUUCAUGCAUUAUCUACCAGGGGUGGGAGAAAAAAAUCGAUUCACAUAAAAAACGAAAAUCCAAUUUUUUCUUCGAAAAUCAAUUUUUUAUUUUUCAAAUUUAUGAACAAAUCUUAAAAACUGACUUAUAUGUGAUGUGUGUGGGAAAAUGAUUCCUGAAAUAGCUUGUAGACAAUCAUAAUCAUUCAACUGUUUCACUCAUGUUUAGAAUGCAGACUAAAGGUCGAGAAAAUCGACAAUGUCGUAGAAUCGCAAUUGAAAUUGUUUCGGCAUCCAAAAAAUCGAAUUGGUAGAAAAGCAUAUCGUCCCAGCACUAUCAUUUACGUAUUUGUUCUUCCAGUAGUGCUUUUCCUCAUAAGACAUGGUCAUAAAGUUGUGGUGAAAUGUCUGUGGUUCACUUGACGAACAACUUGGAAGAACAGUAGCAAUGGUCAGCCCUGAAUUCACCGGGUGAAAAUGCAAGAAUGGCAAACAUCAACAAUGUUAAGGGGUUGCUUGGACACAAACAAAAAAAAAAUCCUUGAACUAGUCUUUAACUGAAAUUCAACAGGUAGUGGCCCUGAAACACAGGACAAUACCAAUCAGAUGAGGUAGAUAAUCAAGCCACGGCUCUCUUUUGAAGUGUUUCACUCUCCCACUCAUUUUAUUGAGUUUUUAAUUUUUAUUAAUUCUCCAAAUUUAAAAAAAAAAUGGACAGUUUGCUUCAUUCAUGGAGAUUUGAUUCAGUUAAGUGUGUGCAACUGUGCUCACAGCUUUUCUCAUAAUAAGGACUCUCUCAGUAGUAUUUUGUCACAUGGCAAAACAAAUGCUCAAGACAGAUAUUACCUAAUUACUCCACCCAGUACUCAUUUUCCUGUCAGGUUUUUUAAAGUUAUUACAGCAGAGAAAGUAUUACAGUGGGUGGGGCCCUGUUGUAGAGACCUUGUAGUUGCAGAGAUUUGCCCCUAUCCCCACCCUUUCUGUUGGACAUGUGUAGACAAGCAGAACAGCAGAGAGUGGAGCUCAGUGUUUGGUUGAUCCUCGUUUGUAGUUAUGAGGAAGCUUGUGUGUUUGCAUAAGGACAUUCUUAAGUGAUUAGCUCUGCUAAUACCAGAACCUGAACCUCACAGCGUUGAUCACACUCACAGCCACUGAGAACUCUCUGUCUCACUACACUCUGUUCAUUCACAAUGCCAGUGUGCUCUGUGGAAUUACAGAACAUGUAUUUCGAAAUGCUCAAGUAUAGACUUGAACCAUGAAUGGGGAUGUAAAGGGUGUCAUUGUUAAGUAGAGUUAUAGCCGCAGUUAAAUCUCCUCUUGAAAUGCUUCUUUAUUUGCACUGAAGAUGCACAUUCUGCUGUUGGUUUUAGUGGAUGUAAAUCUUGGAUUAGAAGAAAACAUUGCUUGCAACUCUUCUGUCGGAGGUUUGCUCAGCAGAUUAGAUACCUCGUGAGCUAGCCUGUACUUUUUUAACUCUUCAUGCAUUACAGACUUUUGAAGAUUUUGUUCAGUUAAAUCACAGGUGAAACUGGAGCUCAACACAAAUUGCUUCUCACUAUAUAUGAACCACCAAAACAGACAAAAGUGGGUUACUAUAGAUAUGCAUGAAUGAAGCAGUAGAUCCUUAGGAGCACAAUCUUUGUUUAAAAAAGUUGCUGACUUUCAAUCGUUGAAGUGUCAGAGUAAUUUACAAUGUGGUUCUGUAUAAUCUCUUGAACUUUGAAGUGAAGAAUCCAUGAGUCAACAAGGCAACAAACAGCAGUUCUUGGUCUACUUUUUGUCCCUCAAUGAAAAGCUGAAUUCAUGUUAGUGAUGUUUUCGGUUGUGUCGGAUUACACAGGUGGUCAGAAUGUAUGUCAUCAUGAGUCAUGACUGAGGGCAUGUCAGAAAGUAUUUAGGUUAAUUUGUCAUUGGUACUUUUUUGACUGGCAGGUAGCACGAAAUGUGAUGGAAGGGGAAAUCUUGAGUGCAUCAUUCAACAGGAAAGUCUUGACACUAUAUUUGGCUGCUGGGCUUUGCCAGAGAGACAGAAGCAUGUGCUUAUGUGUGUUUUAGGUUACUCCUGUUUUUCUGGAACAGAGAAGGUCCAGGCAGGCAGCGUGCCUCAUGAUGGAAAAGGAUCAGUGUUUACAUGCUUCACACGGCCACACUUCCACAAAACAAAACCAAUCCUCUGACAGGGAUACCCGAGCCCCCUCAGUGUCUGGCCAAUCAGAUUGCAGGUUGUAAGGGAGUGUUCCACCUUGGCUCUAGUGGUUUGCAGUUCUUAUUCAGAUUCUUAAGCUGGUGUAACCUCAGGGAGCUGUGAGUGUAACCCAUUUUCAAUUAAAUGAUUGUGGUUCUGUCUGUGUUGUGUUUUAAGUUUCAUUGAGUAGGCAAAACUCAAGUUCCCUUUACUGUACAACACAGAAGCAUUGAGGGAACAAAUACUGGGUGAAAGAUGAAUCACCAGAAAGGUCUGAUUUUUGAGCAGUGGUAUUUUUAAAAUGACCAUUUCAACACUUAUAUUCAAACCUUUUUUGUGUUGUUCAGGCAUUUCUGAGUUGAAUUCACUUAGAUACUGCUAAAAGUGGUUAGUUGUUGCUUGAGUCACCAAUAAUAAAUCUUGCGGUGUAAUGGAUCAUACAGCUGAUGUGGUUCAGAUAGGAUACAUUUUUAGUUGGGCCUACAGAAUAUUUUUACAGCUUCUCCUCAGCUGUUUAUGACCGUAACUAUGCAGUUUAAGGUCCAGCAAAUCAUAAUUCAGCCCAACAGGGUAUCACACCCUUAGUUGCUUUCAUUGUAUAUAAGGCUGGGUGAUAAAAGAAUAAGUUUAACAAAAUAUAUAUAUGUUUUUAUAUCAGUCAAUAUUGAUAUAUAGCACGAUAUACUAAAUGAAAUUUAACAGUGUGUAUUGGUAGCAUGUCUUUUACAAUACGAUAAGCUACUGAGGUAUUCCCUGACUUUGCAAUAACAUGAACUUCAUGCACUUUACUCUGCUUCAUGUCCGACUUCAAAAAAACAAAAUUCCUCCACACCACCAACGUUUUCGUGCCAGUGUUGUCGUAUGUUUUCAUCUGUUGAGCCUUCAUCUACAUUUCUGCCAGGGGUAGCACUUAUUUUCUUUUUUUCUCACUGACAGUGCUGUUAGCUCCAUGUAUUUAAGUGCUAAGGUUGCUUGUAGUUGCAACCUGCUACUGCACAGUUGUUUGUGACUUGGUUCUAAUUCAGCACGAUUGGUUCAGUGCUGUAUGGACCCGGAGCAACUCCUCUUCUCAUUGGCUAUUCGUAUAGUCUACCAAAACAUGGCAGAAUGCCGACUGUCAUAAAGCAUAUUGACCAUGUUUCAUAUAGAUAUCGAGGGAAAUAAAUUUUUGAUAUAUAUUAUUAUCGUUUUAUCACCCAGCCCUACAUACAAUGAACUGUUGGUCUAGUGAAUGCAUGCGUGAUGGCUACAGACCCCAUCAGGCUGUGAAACAAGGUUUCAAGUUAAAAGCAACUGAUACCUGCAUGAUUAUUGAGAACAUGGAGAAAGAAGCUCUGUUUGUUGCAGAGUGGUCAUAUGAGAAAAUUCUAAAUGUUUUCAACACUUCCCCCCUACACACUACUUAAAAGGGUGUUUGUGGGAUUCAGACUUAAUAAUUUCUCUAUGAUACCUCUUUCAUAGCUUUACAUGAUUUUCAGAAAAAAGAGCCUAAAAUUUCUCACAAUGGUGUUUGAAAAUAUCAUGAUUUCAGCCUUCAUCUGAAACGCUUUGUUCAAGCUGCUCCCAUUUUAAGCAGUUUUCAUGUGCUUUCUAAGAUUUUAACAACAUACAUUUACUUUGUGAUUUGAAACUCUGCAUACAACUGGUAUGGACACCAAACUUUGUAACUUUGCCAUUUUUGUCACUGAUGUUAACUUGCAUUUCGGUUAAUUUCUCUGUGCAACUGUGUCUGCUUUGUCUUUACUGCUAUUCAGAGUCUUUCAGAUUGGCUGGCUGUUUUCCCCUUCUUUCCUAUCCCUGACGUCUGUUUAAACAAAAAUAAGAAGUUAAUCCAUUCAUUUUCUUGUAUAAAUAACUGUAGUUCCAACACCUGGUCUUAACAGACUCACUUUUGUAAACGAUUGCCUUGUGGUUAUUUUGGAUUUCACUCUGUGUCAGAAUAACAACCGUUAUUAUCAGGAUAGAUUACAAGGUUUAACAAUCUGGAUUAGUGUCACGUUAGAGUGACACUUUUCUGCUUAUAGAAGUUAAUUGGUGUGGCAGCUUGAGGCAAACCAUCUUGGAUAUAGCUGUUUGACAGGUUUGCCGUUCACCCUCAGGGUUCAUAAACGUUUAAGUUUUUAGUGUCUGAGUACUUACUCAGAGGUUAGCUGUUGUGCAGUGGCCUCCUUAACAUAAAAUGUUGCUCGCCAUUCAACACAUGUGACAUCCUCAUAUGUGUUGAAUGUCUCCUGUGUGAAGAGAAAUGCUCCUUUUGGCCCCAAACUGUAAAGUAGCAGAAUAGCCUACAUUUGUUAGAUUCUGGUGGAGCCUGGUGUUGACAGAUAGUCUGGAGUGGUGAAGCAGAACGUCGCUCGCGAGCUAAUGAAAUGUGUAGUUAAUCGCUAACUGAUGAGUGGCUUUGGCUCAUGUUUCUAUUGCCAUUUUUUUGUUACUGCCUUUGUGAGAUUUAUGGCUUCCAGUAUUAGUGCACAGAUUACACUUUUGUGACUAAGGCUCCGUUAUUGUAAAUAUGGUUCAUUCUGCCUGUUACAUCUAUGUCACACUCUCUCCCUCUCUCUCUCUCUCUUUCUGCCCCCCCCUUCUCUUGUUCUCUUCUCAUCUCCCUGUCCGUUACUCUUUCUCCUUCUCUCUCUAUUCCUUCCCCUCUCUUUCCGCCCUUUCAUUCCUCCUCUCUCUGCCUUGCUCUCUUCCUCUCUUUCUCUCCCUGACUGCCUGCCUGCUGGCUCUCAGCCAAAGCAUGUAAGCAUGUGGAGAGAGAAGCCUUCAUGUUGUUCGUUUGGACUGUAGGUGAAACAGGCCCCCUCUGAACAGCACGUGUGGGCAGCUCACUAUAACUCAGCAUUACCAUGUGUAGUGAGGAAUGCGUUUUUCUUUUUUCUCCUCCUUCUGUCCAAUGGGAGCCCUUCUCAUGCUGUUAGACCGAUGGAGUCAGAGAGCGGCACACAACAGUUUUUUUUUUUUUUUUCAGAAUGUGUGUCCAGACUGUGACCUUGUCGGCACGUGUACAAUAUGACAGUGCUUUGUCACUUUUCUCAUGUUUUUGCUUUUUCAAAUAUUUUUGUGAUCAUUUAAAGUCAUUAUUAUAUCAGACCAAAUUUAAAACUUAUUUCACGUCACAGAAGAAAGCUUGAAAUGUGCCGUUUUCUAAAACUAGUUCAGGGUGUUAUCUAAAAUGAAUAGCAAGAGGUAUAAUCCGGCAGACUGAUAUUGAUUUUCCCUGCUAGAUACAGAUAACCACAGAGCAGGUAGGCUGGUGGCUGAUGAAUAAUGAAGACUUCUUGUUUUGUUCUAAAUUUGAUUAAAAAAAGAAAUAAAAACGAAUCACUGCACUUGAAUGAACAUUUCAUUUUAAUAAGCCUUACUUCCUGUUGGCUUUGUGAAACAUUACCACGUUGGACUUGUGUAUUUUUGCUCUAGACAUCUGUUAAUAUUUUUCAUUUUUAAACUGGCCUUGUGAACGCAGGCAUUGACUAAUGGCAAUUCUUUCAAAAUGCCAUCAAUCAACCAUAGCUAUUGACUGACUUAUAAAUCACUCUUAAGUGUAGGUAACAAUCUAACCAGUAAGUAACUGUAAACAUGGCUACCCAUUUGUCUAAACGUUUAUUUUGAUCCCUAAAAGUAGAUUUUUUAUGCUCUUUACAGUUCGGACAGUGUGUGCUGGAUUUCCUUUUCUCGCACUUACUAACAGAAAAGUACAAAUUUCACUUUCUCACACAUAGACAAUAAAUAGGUGGAAUGCGCGAGUAUAAAACUUGACCAUUUACCCAUUUUUGUCCCUUUUUGACCCAUUUACAAUUUCUAUUUAUGACCAGUAAAGUAGUGUGCAGACCCUUGGAUACAAAUGUUAGCGGCGCCUUUAAUCUGUAGAUGAUCGGAGAGAAGGAGAACAUGCUGAGUGUCUCCACUGUUCAUGACACCUUCAGCCAGUUGAUUUGUGUUGAAAUAUGCUCUAAGCCUAAACUACCACCUUUGUAGCUAAAUGCUGUAAAGAGCACAAGUUCUUUAGCAAUAACUGAUAGAAAUUUAGAAGUGGGUUUGAGUUACAGAAAGGGCAACCUACAUUCAGAUAGAGAUGUGCAAAAUGUAUGAUAUUGUUUUAACUAUCUAUGUGCCUUUCUCAACUCACACAUGAGUACGUUUGCGUCAGCUUAGGACUAUCACUUACAAACGUGUCUACAAACCUGUCAGAUACUUUACCACAGUAGCCACUACAGAGCUACAACAAGACAAAACAAGUUUCCUGACAGUAGUAUACUGUUUACUGUCUCAGGUGUUUCCCUGCUUUGACCACAAUUCUCUGCUGCAUCAUUCAACCAUGACCAUCCUAUCAGCAGCAGCCAGUAAUGUUUGGGCUCCUCUGUAACUGGAGCUGUUUUGUCCCAGUAGCCGACACUUUGCACCCCGGAUCAGCUCAUUGAUGAAACAUUAAUGAAUCUGCCAUCUGUGAGACACAGACACCUCUGCUCCUGUUUGAAGAGCGGUUUGUGUGGUCACUUUUGUGCCCCUCUAUCAACCUAGAUCGAUUAGUGUCACAUAACACACCACCCUCUAAUGUUGCUACGGCCCAAAAUAAAAGGCAUUCAAACAUAGGAUCAUGAUGACGGGUCUGUUCCUGGGACAUUGGUUGCAUUUGCUUUAUCCAUCCAUCUGGUUACUCAUCAGACGACAUGUGUCAGACAGGUGCUUUUUCAAACAUCAAUUGUCUCAAUUCUUGCUCUUUUUAGUUUUAACUUCGUAGCUUCCCUGCAGGAACUGUGACUGACACCUUUUUUCCUGUUGAGCUGGAAUAUUGAACCGUCAGUAAGAAAUGCCCAGCGAGAUGCAACAAUAACCUCUUUCUCCUUCAUCCGACCCAACCUAACAGAUGGCCCUCGUUCACAUGAAGGCAUUUUAGCACCACACCCAUUCCUCUCUCUCUCUCUCUUUCUCUCUCACACACACACACACUUUUGCACUUAUUCUCUCUGUCUCUCUUGUUCUCUCUCUUUCACACACACACACACACACACACACACAUACAUACAUAGUCUUUCAUUCUUCCUUCUCUGCCAGUCCUGCCUUUACCAUUCCAAAUUUUGGACCUUUUUUACACCUUACCCUCAUUCUUCCCUCUCCUUCUACCUUUUCCAUUUUUUCGGUCUCUUACUUUCUCCUGUUCUCCUCUGUUCCAAUGUGAGGAGGCUGAGUAAUACCUCUCUGACAAGGUGUUGCAGUGUGCUCUGCAGGAAUGCCAAGGGUCCUGCUCGAGUGCAUUUUAAAGCAACAAUUCGAAAUUCAAGAACAAGGAGGUAUGCAUAAUAACUUACCUGGAGAUUGCAAUAUAGAUGCACUUAUCCUACCUUUGCUCCUCCAAUGUAAAUUUCAAGAUAUAAAGUGGAUCCUAAUCUAGAUUCUAAUGUAAAACUGAGGACAGGAGGGAAAACAGAGACUUUUUUGGCAUGGAACUUCUUUGAAUAACAAGGAAUACCAGCUUUUUGCAUUUUGGCUUGUAAAGUGCACAACACUAUGAUGCAGAAGUUGAAGUGCAAUGAGAGAAAAUCUGCACUAACACCAAAAACAAACAGAAUUGAUCAAAUGUCUGACAAGAAUCAACACAGGUCUUAUAUUUCAGACUCUUAGCAAAGAUGUGAUGUUUUAUUUUUUGGUCUUGUAAAUGUGCGGGUUUGCUGCUUUUAAAUAAAGUGUUUGGGUUGUCUGUCAUAACAACAAGUACAUUAAGUGCAUCACUUCAGGCCCUUUAAAAUUUGAUUGGAAUAUUUCAUAGCUUUGAUAUAUUUUAUUGUCCAAACAAUUUGUAAAUGGUAAAAUAGAAUUAGACUAAAGCUCUCAGGAGGUUUAUAUUGAGACUGGACUAUUGAGACUUUAAGACCUAUUAAAAGACCGUUGAUGUUUUUCAUUUGGCUUACUAUCUACAUGGCUUAGAGUGCUUUAUCAACCAUAACAGUGCUGUUAUCCCGGCUAUCCAUCACUUAGAUUUUGGACAUGGAUUGUUUGGGCUGGUUGCUCUCUAACAUUACAGGCAACUAUCUUUAAACAUGGCUGGCUAGAUUUCAGUGACACCAGAUAUAUUAUGCUUGAAAGAAAUAAGAGAAGAAGAGCUAAGAGGGACAGAGAAUAUUUUAUUAGAUCUGUUGAAGAGCCAUGGCUCUCUGGAAACCUGUUCCAUGAGAUUACAUAACAUUACAAUGAUAUAUGCAAGAGGGAUUAUCAGAUAAGCAGUGCCAAGAGUGUGUGUGCUCCCCAGGCACAGGCAGGGCUGAGAUGUAACCUGAGCCAAGAAGGAGGAGCGUUAGGAGAGAUUUCUAUGCUUGCUCUCAUCACAUGAUGAAAAAGGGAGCAGUAAAGGUCUGUUUGCUGUGAAAUGAAACCUAACUGUGCUGUUUCUGCUGUGGAGUAAAACACUUAAGACCAAGAGCUUGAAGAGAUCUUUUAUCACCCUUGUAUUUAAAGACGUGAACACAUUACAUGAACUGAAAUGAUUACUUUACUAUAGGUUUAGGCAUCUCUAUCUUAAACAACGAUGCUGAAACUAGCCAUGUUUUUCUUUUUACCAUGAAAUCACCAUGAAUGUAGCUGCUGAGUUUCAUUUCUCUUUAUAUGAAACCCAAGCUCCCUUCUGUGGGGGCCGAAGUCUCUACAGUGUCUAGGGGGAGAUUGAGAUUUAACCUGUUGGAGGAGGCAGACAGAGGGUUUUUCCCCUUUGACAAACACUAAAUUAAGAGUUCACAAAAGGGUUCAGACUUUGUCUCACUCUACCUGCUUGGCAAAUAACACACAAUUGCAGGUCUCAGACUGUGCUCUUUGAUAGUAUUGUCCAGGGAGAACUUGGUUUCUUUGGCCAGUGUAUCACUACAUGGUCAGUGGAGCAGCAACCCCUCAGUGCUGUGUGUAUCUUAAGAUUCUGCUGGACUGUGCUAAGCUCCUGAUGUGAUAAAGGUGAAACCCUGUCUGCUUUGACUGUUGUUGUUAAGACUUUGAUAAAAUCUUAAAGUGGACAUGUGCGUCAGGGGAUAAAAUCCAACCAAUUGUCACAGAGUUAGAAGCUACUUUAUGUUUUUCUUCUUAAGCAGAAAUAUAUCUCUUUACUGUGAUUUUCUGUUAUCUGACAAAGGUAGUGCACAAGUAAUUUUAUGGACAGUGCUAAUGUGAACGUGAGCAGACUGUCGAAUGCCUGUAUGUUUGUGUUCUUGUUUGUUCGCCCCCAGAGACUUUCCUGUGCCUUUGUGUGUGUGUAGACAAAACUGGUCAGUGAAGGUCAGCACAUGUGGGCACAGUGACCGGGUCCAAGGACAAAUGUGGUACCCUAAGUUUUAUUUACUGCCACCGCAGUGGGACAUUGUAGAAUUUCCUGUUUUGAUUUUUCUUGGCCCUAGUGUUAGCUUAAGAAGAAAAAGAGUCUGGGAUUUUGUAAUAAAACGCUGCUGCUUUUGGAAAAUGAAACCUUGCUAAAACAAGGGAUCUAAAACAAAACAGUAUUUUCUUGAUCUUAGUCUUUAUUCUCUAAUUGUCAGUCUUCACUGUUAUAUCUAAACAGGAAGAGUCAGUUCAUACUAACUGAACUAUGUGAAUGAACUACAAGAUAACUUUGGGCUUGUAUGAGUUUUAUAUUUCUGAAAGUUGUCCUGUAAAACUUGAGAAUGUGACGAUUGCCUAAGUGUUGAUCGGCAGCUUAUGUAUUUGCAGUGUUCAGACAGAACAGAGGACGCGUCCCUUGACUCUACGAGGAGGGAGAGAUUUCAAUUCAACGAGUCAAAGAUCUCCUGGAGACACCUACUCUCUUUUAGAACAUUGGAUUUGCUGAGGGACUGUUCACAUUUUUUACAGUUUCCCUUUUUGCUGUUGCAUUAUUAUUAUAUAAUCUAAUUAUUCUAAUGUAAUAAUAUAUAGUCUGGUUUUUACAAAAAGUGCCAAGAACUGUACCACAUGUCUCACACUACUGUAGCCAAGCAAAUAUACAAUUUGAGAGCUUAAAUUGUUGGGUUUACAGACUGAAAUUUUUUUAUUAAUGGCUGGUCUUCCAAGGCUUACAAUUACAUGCAGAAAAUGGGCUUUCAAGUGAUAAUGGCUGAACUAUUAGCAGUGCUGUGUCAUUAUGCGACAUCUGCAACUGUUGGCACCUGGUCCCCUUUUCAUUUGAUAUAAUGUCUUUUUUGCCGUAAGAAGAAUAUUAAGAUUGGCCAAAGAACGAGAGCAACCUUGGUUGUGUUCACUGUCCUCUUCCCCUUGACUCUGCCUCAUGAGUACAUGGCAUGGGAUACAACUGAACUCCAUAUUCAUAAAUAACUUCAUCACUGACUCCAAUCUGCAAUGUUGUUGGAUGCUGCUUGUUUUCCAAAUGCCUAGACGAUUCCCCAAAAAUGGAUACUCCCUGGAUUGUAAUGCAUUGCUGUGUGUCUGUGCUUCGCAGGUUGCAUGAGGAGGUCAACGACUUCUACGAGUACAUCUCCCCCCGGCCUGAGGAAGAGAAGAUGAGACUGGAGGUGGUGGAUAGAAUAAAGGGAGUCAUCCAUGACCUGUGGCCCAGUGCUGAGGUACACAUCACCCCCAAUCCCAAAACUGUAAAAUCUUUUCUGUUCAAUGUGUGUUUAAGUUUUGGCUGGAUAGCAGACUGGAUAUAAAAAUAAAAAAAGGAAGAAUUGCUCCCAGCUGUUAAUUUAAAAGACAAUGGUUAUUUCUAAGCUAAUUUGUGGAAAACAGGUGGCCACUAAUAAAAACAGUUUCUGAACAGUAAGGCCCCCUUUUACUCGCACCACCAAUUACCCAACUUUGUACCUGAACUAGGCUGAAAGUGAUACGGAGGUAAUGGCUCUCAGUUCCACUCUUGUUUUUUUGUUAUCUCCACACUGCACAACACUCUGUUUGGGACAUGUUAUCACCGCCACCUUAGGCCUUCUUGAUCCUGCUGACUGAGAUUUAGCUGACAGGGCAGUGUGUUUCAAAGCAUGUCUGCACUGAGCUUAGCUGUUCCCAAAUAAGAAGCAUAAUACUGUCCCAAUCCUCCUGAGAAUUACUUCUUUUCCAAUGUGGGUGUGAGUGAGGGUAACUUGGUCAUUCACUCAAAGGGAUGCAUUUUUAAUUUAUGAGCUUACAUGCAUAGAAAAUUGAGUAUAUGGAAGCUUUUAUGGGUCAACUGUACCAACAGUGUUUGUGAAAGCUUGUCUGUUGUUGUUGAGAUUUCAAAAGCUUGACUGGAGAAGGGCCAAAUCAAGAUAUCAAAGCUUGCCUACGUGACCACCCAUAGUCAUCUCAUCCUCCGCAAGAGCCUUUGGGACUUGCUAUGCUCCGUUCACAAACACAGCUCUGCAAUCAGCUUAACCUGCACAUGUGACCAGGCUGUAAACCUGAGUUGAUGUUAUUGGUUAGUAGGAUGUCGGGACAAGGGAGUAAAGCAAAGGUCAAGGCUUAAAUCUAUUUCUGUUUGGACACCUAUUUGUGCUGCGGAUGUUGAAGAUUUUUCAAUGUCUCAAAUAAAAUGAAAGUUAAGAGAUCAGUGCCUGAAAGGACUGUUUUGACAUCUGCCAGUUUUGAUUUUCACGAGUGGGAACCAGAAUGAAUUUGAUAGCUUCAUUUAGUCGUAAAUUCUUCACCUGAACUGCGACUCAAGUGUUUAAAAAUACUUGUUCUAGUGUCAUUUUACCUGUGAAAGGCUGUUGAUGUACCACACCUGUUUGAUUUGUUAAGGUUUGUCAUUACAACAAGUCUGAGUUGGGCAGUAGUAUAAUAAUAUUUGAUCAGGUGCCAGAGCAGGUUUUUGUGUUAUUGAAUUCAGUGUGGGAAGAUCAGUGAAUGAUUCAUGAUGGCUAACUGGUUUCACAAUCUUCUCAAUCCAGUUGCAGUCAAUCAAAAUGAACAAAACAACAUGCUGGAAAUAAACUUUAAAAUAUGAAGAUAAUGUGCAAACUUUGGUGUAAUUAACUGAGUUAAGUAACCUAGUGUCUCAUCUCCCCAGGUCCAAGUGUUUGGGAGUUUCAGCACUGGCCUUUAUCUUCCAACAAGGUAAGCAAGUCCGUUUUUUACCAACCUGAAGAUAGGAACACACACACACAUUCUCUAUUUGUCUUUGCCCAAAUGUGACUGUGAACUGGCCCAUGACCAAAGACACUGAACUAUGUUAAGAAGAAAGUUCCCUGCCAAGCUGGUGAAUUGUUUUUAGCAUGGCUGAUCCUGGAUCUUGUUUAACGCUUUAUUCUGAGAGAGCACUGAGACAGACAUCCAGCCAAUCCACUUUGAUUUGUGAACUCAUGACACAGCACCGAGCACUUUAAAUGGCCGAAGCUGUUUGUGGAUGAACAUAAGUGUGUGUUUAUUAUUAUGUAUCUGUCUAUGUGUAAUUAUACACCUCUCCAAUCAGGACACAAAAAGUCUUUUUAAUGGUAUUUAAAUUACAAUCAUAUACACUGAUCAUGUUCACUGUGUAUGUAAAGCUGCGUUGAUGUGUUUUUUGUUCUUGGUGGUUGCCUGAAAGCAGUUUCUGUGUGCAGUGAACAUGCAUACACAUGUUGGCUAUUGCUGAUAAAGGGCUCCCUUAAAACUAUAUAUAAGAUUAUCCUGUCAAUGUUUUUACAAGAGCUCCUCUUUGUGGUUACAUUAAACUGGUAUCACGUUUGGUAAACCACAAUUUCAACGAUGACAACCCAGUCAGAAGAAAACUCUGACUCGGUAUCCUGAUUUUACAGGCUGUUGUAAUGAGCUCGAGUGGUUUUGCAUUACAGAACACAAGUAAACGCUGAAAUGUAAUGCUACUCUAACAAGGAAAGAAGACUCACAAAAUCAGUGAACUGACUCUAAUGGCAGCCCCUUCUCUCACUUUCUUUUCCCAUGAUGCUUGUUUCUUAAAGCUACAUAAAUCACCAUCCUUGUCAUAUCUUGCAUGGCAGGGCUGGAGUAGAAAGGCCCUGAGUGCAUAAAAUAUUAAAAAUGGAGCUUAUUUUUUCUAUUGAAUUGUAUCAUGUUGGUGGCUUCAAUGACAGUUAAUUGAGUUACUGUUAUAUGGUACAAGAUGGACUUGGCAUAAUCUGUGUUGUCACUUUUCUCCACCAGUGACAUUGACCUGGUCGUGUUUGGUAAGUGGGAGACUCUCCCACUGUGGACGCUAGAAGAGGCUCUCCGGAAAAGGAACGUCGCAGAUGAGAACUCCAUCAAAGUUUUGGACAAGGCCACAGUAAGACUCACUCACAAGAGGGACUAUGUCUCCACAUCCAAUUAUUGUUAGUUUUAUAGCAGUUUUCUGCAGAGUAAUUUUCUAAUCGUACAUACUGUGAAUCCUCUUUCUGCUAUAAAUAAUGUUAGGAAGUACAGCAUAUGAAUGAGAGAAGGUUUUCCUUUGGGUAUAGCAUCUUUGUAUUGGAUUUUGAAGGGCAGGUUUUCACCUUCAGUUGUUGUGCUUGGUUUAGUUAAAGAUGAGAUGGCUAAAGUUGGGUUUGUGUGUGAUUGCAACUUUGUUUCCAGGCUCAUAGCAGACUUUAAAAACAUUUGGUGCAGUUUUACCUGCAAAGGACUUGUGGCACAGUAAUAGGGGGGCAUUAAAAUGUGAUAUCCAUGUCCUGUUUGACUGCUGUGGAUCAGUAUUUUGUUCCUAAUUUCAUCCUGUGUGUUCUAGGUUCCCAUCAUCAAACUGACAGACUCCUAUACUGAGGUCAAAGUGGACAUCAGCUUUAAUGUGAAGAGCGGGGUUAAAGCCGCACGGCUCAUCAAGGAAUUCAAAGAGGUACAUUUUGUAAAGGAAGACAGCCAUUUCACAACUCAAAGUUUCCAGGAUAAUUCUCUUUUUCAAAGAAGUCAGGAUUAUUGGAAUAUGAAUAUUACACUAUUAAGGAAAAAUUUCAUACUGUUCUCUUUUUACAGUAGGUGAUUUUCUCAGGGGAACAUGAAAGUCAAUGACCAUCUUAUCAAUCUUUUAGUAUCAGGAAGUUAAACAAAUGUCUUUUCGUUGUGUAUUAAGAGUUGUAAAUUUGUAACCAACUGAAACACAAAUUGCAGGACAAAGACGAGAACAUGUAAAUAUUUUAUUUAAGACCUGUGAAUCUUUUGGGUGUAACUUGGAUGUGGUGAUGAUCAGUAGGAUAACAUCUGAUUUCCUGAAUGUUUAAAUUCUGUCACCUCUAGAGGGAGCUGUAGGCAUCCAAAACUAUUCUCCACCUCUUCCUCACUUAGUGUGUUUUGUUUUUUGUUCUGUAGAAAUAUCCUGUACUGCCUUAUCUGGUCUUGGUGCUAAAGCAGUUCCUGCUGCAAAGAGACCUCAAUGAGGUUUUUACUGGUGGGAUUGGCUCUUACAGUCUCUUUCUCAUGGCUGUCAGCUUCCUGCAGGUGAGAUACAUGUGAUCACAGACAGAGGGCUCUUAAUGUUUAUGAACACACCCGAACAUAACACAUCUCAUAUAUUUCUUUUUCAACCUUUCUCUCAGCAAUAGCUGUGGCGAAAGCAUUUUGUUAUUAAGUUGUAUGUACCUAUGUUGUACCUGUGACCUCAGAAAACAUUAUUAUAACAGUUAUUGGCAAUACUCUGGAAUUACUUCCUCUAUUAUUAUGUAAUUUUGCAUAUAUAUAAAUAUAUAUAUAUAUAUAUAUAUAUAUAUAUACAGCUUAGUUGUUUUUAGUAGGAAUAUACUGUACUGUCCCAGCCAAUUAAAGUAUAAUGUAAAACCUCUGACAGUCACUUGUACUGUGUUUUUUUCCAGCUUCACUACAGGGAGGAUGUUUGCAGUCCCAAUAUCAACAUUGGGGUUCUCCUCAUUGAAUUCUUUGAGCUCUACGGUCGCCACUUCAACUACCUGAAAACAGGUAUCAGGAUAAAGGAUGGCGGUUGUUAUGUUGCCAAAGAUGAGGUUCAGAAGAACAUGAUGGAUGGCUACAGGCCCUCCAUGCUCUACAUCGAGGACCCUCUGCAGCCAGGUAGGGACACAAAUGCGAGUGGGGUAUGAGUGUGUUUGUCCUAACAGUUUACUGUUUCUAUGGCAUCUGAUUGCACCCUGCCAGGGCCUCAUGUUAACUUUGUGUCCAACAGACAAUGAUGUUGGUCGGAGUUCAUACGGUGCCAUGCAGGUGAAGCAGGCCUUUGACUAUGCCUAUGUGGUGCUUAGCCAUGCUGUGUCACCCAUCGCCAAGUACUACCCCAAUAACGAGACAGAGAGGUAAUGCCACUGUCUGAUUGCUUAUGAGUAUCAUGUAUCUGUAUAUUAUCAGUAGUUGAUUUAUCACAUACGUUUAAAGCCAUUCAGAUUGGGUUCAUCCAGUCUUGGUUAUUUUCUUUAAUCAUAAGAUAAUAUUUACUUAUGCACCAUUAAGACUGCUAAUAUAACAAAUCUGUCUCCUCUGUUUUUUCCAUUGCAGUAUACUUGGCCGAAUAAUCCGGGUAACGCAGGAGGUGGAUCAGUACAGAGAAUGGAUCCGAAAGAAUUGGGGGAGCCCGUCCCAGAAUGACCUGCCACUCAACAGUAUGUCCACGUAAACUCUGUGUCAAAUAAAGUAUUUUUCAGUCCCUUUGCAACUGAAUGUUAAAAGGAAAUAUGAAGCUGUACAUUUCCUAAUUGGUUGAAUCUGACCUACAGUUUGCUGAAUCUCCUGUACCAGGACAAAAUGAGCUUACCUCUGGACUGAGCAAACUGUGUCCCCUCUGUCUGUCUGUCUUUAGGAAAUGAUGUCACGCUGUUUGAGUCUCAGCAGCUUGAUGAGUGUAACAACAAUGUCCCAGAUGAUGAUGAAGACGACGAUGACGAUGUUGUUGUUCUGCCGUCAGCUCCCAACAGCAAAACCUCUUCCAACUCCUCCUCCCCAUCACCUUCACUGCGCUCCUCUCCCUCCUCUUCCCCACUGUCGCCUUCCUCCACAUCCUCUACUUCCAGCUCCAGUGAUGCGGUGAGGGUUGCAUCUACACACGCACACACACAGGACUACACAUAUGGCAUCAUGUGUAAACCGCCUUUGUGACAAACCGUUUUAGUCAUAACAACUACUCAUCCGGUUUAUUGGCUUUCCCCAGGACUCUGAUGGCACGCCGUGUAAGACAGCUAAGCAGCAACCCAGCCGGGGCUCCAGCACCCACAGAGAAAAGUCUGCUACUGUCAACAAUCACCGAACACAGAGCCACAAAACCAGCACUCCUUCUGGAAACAAUAAGGGAGGAAAGGUAUGUUCAGGUUGAUGUAAUCAACACAGUAUGUGUCAUGAUUUUAAGAAACAUUCAGAUGAACUCAGCCUGGGAAUGUGCAUAGGUUGUAAACUCUAGAUUUUUUUCCCUGAACCUGUAGUAACAACAAACAUACAAGCUUUAAGAAAUAAUUUCUGCAGGUACACGGCUUAAUUUUCUGUGAUUAACUCUACAGACCAGGACGCCUCGUUCUCAUCAAAAGAGUGGCCACCAUGGGCAGCAGAACUCCUCCUCCAGCACCAAAAGUCAUCAGAGCAACAAGCCACACCACCAGGGCAACAGCAAGAAGAGGAAAAAUGUGCGGGACUGCACACAAGAUGACCUUUGCAGAUAG